CCCCCAUUUCCUUCUCUCUCCCUGUGAACCUUCCCAUUUGCUCGGCGGAUUUUCAAUUUCUCUGCGAACUACGCUGAGGGUAAAUUGAUGAAACCGUGAGAUCAUCAUCCGAUUGAAGCUUUAUGUGGGAAAUACAGGAAUUAGGGUGAUAGAGCCAUGGGAAAGGUUUCGCUCAAAGAGAAGGGUAGUAACGCUUCAAAACCGAGAAGACGAUUGCGGAGCUCGCGAAGUAAGCUUCUGAAGCAAGGUGCUUUCGUUCCGCUUCAGCAAAAUAAAUUGUCUCCUUCGUCUACCAAGUGCUGUACGGAUACUGGAAAUAAAAGAGGGGUCAUUUUGCAUUCUAGAAAAGCACGGAAUAACGUUGGACCUGAAGAAAAUGCUGCUGACAAAAGUCCAUUGGUGUCAUCGCCGGUGAAUUUAGUCAAACAGAAUAUCUUUUUUGGCACACCCAAGACCCCUCGGACUGAGAAUUGCGAAUCAGAAUCAAGGCUUGAAUCCCUUCCUAUAGAUUUAUGGGUUAAAAUAUUGUGUCAUCUGCAUCAUGACCAACUAAGGGCAGUCUUCCAUGUUUCACAGAAAAUUAGAAAAGCGGUUUUGAUUGCAAGGCAAUUCCACUUUAAUUAUACCACCCCAGAUCGCACUAGGCAACAGAUGCUAAAUACAAUGACUCCCCGUCCAAAGGAACGUUGGCCGUUUUUGAGCAAGAGCAGUGUAAAGGGCAUGAGGAUUCCAAGUCCCCAUACUCCUAAAGCACCAAGACAUGCACCACGCCCACCUUCUCGCUUAAAGGUUUCAGAGGUGCGUCAAGUUGCAGCAGUUCUAUUUCAGGAGUCAGCUUUCCCUUCACAUUGCAUGGUGCCAUCCGUUUUGCCAAAACCCCUGUGCAAAUCCUUGGCUUCUAAUAGAGCUCUGUUUUAUGAGGAUGAAUUAUGUCAGGCUGUUGCUCAAAAUAAACUUCUCUGAUGUUCUUCUGUUUUAACCCUGCUGCUUCAUAUUUCUGUGCCUUAUAUAUUGUAUAGUUUUUUUUUCCCCCCCCCCCUGGCCCCAUAGUGAAUGUAGCUGGAGAGCAAGGAUGCAAUUUUGGUGUUUCUCCUGGGACACUGGUAGGUGUGGAUGUCUUAGAUGUCUCAGUUGAUGAGACUGGUUAGAUAUUGGGGUUGCGGCUGACAUUAUAUGAUCAUUUUCUGUAUGAUCUGUGGUUCUCAAGACACGUAAUGGUCCGAUAAUGCUAUCCUUUUUGAGUCACAAAAUUUAACUUCGUUCUGAGUCGA